UAAAAAAUAAGGAAAAAAAAAAGAAACUUCAAUAAACCCUCUCCCUCGAUUAGAAUCUCGCAUCGGAUCGGGAUGGCUGUUCGGCCGACGAUGGCCCGGUUUCCGGGCGACCCGGCGGAGCAGGAGGCGUGCGGCGUGCCGUGGGGCUUGACGCUGACGCCAUUUGCGGGGAGGGACGAGAAUGACAUCCCGCCUUGCUAUGGAUCGGGUGGGGAGUUGCUGCCUCGAUGCGAGAAUUGCUGGGCUUAUUACAACACCUACUGCGAGCAGGAUCAGUGGUCGUGGGACUGUUCUCUCUGUGGCACCACUAAUGGCCUCACGUCUGCGUCCAUUGCCCGCUAUUCUGGCCCCCAAACCUACCCCGAGAAUGCAUCUUCUUUCAUUGACCUUGAAUUACCACUUGAAGGAGAUGGGGAGAUGGAGGCAAGACCAGUGUACGUUGCUGCAGUUGAUCUCUCUUCAUCAGAAGAGUUUUUGGAACUCACAAAAAUUGCUCUGUUGGCUGCAUUAGAAGCUCUUGGCCCUGGGUCACUUUUUGGUCUUGCUACAUUCAGCCACAAAAUCGGCUUGUAUGAUGUCCAGGGGCCUAUUCCCGUGGUCAAGAAUGUGUUCAUUCCACCAGAUUCUCUUGGAAAUCUGGCAAUGGGGCUUGAAGAUGUCAUGCCAUUGUUUUCCUUUUUGGCUCCAGUUGAUACAUGUAAAGACCGUAUCACAGCUGCACUCGAAACUCUAAGACCAACCACUUCAUGGGAACGGACUACAGCUGCUGGGCAAUCAGAUGGUGUUUUACUCGGAGGGCGUGGCUUUGGAGUUGCUAUGGAAGCCCUACUCAAAUAUCUUGGAUCGGAAUAUGGGAAUACAUAUGCAUUAGCCAGGGUCUUUGCAUUUUUAUCUGGCCCUCCAGAUUAUGGGCUUGGCCAGCUAGACACCAGACGGUAUGGUGAGCAAUAUGCUAGUAAAGGAGAGGAUGCAGAUCGUGCUUUAUUGCCUGAGCAGACUCCAUUUUACAAAGAUUUGGCUGCAGUUGCUGUUCAAGCUGGUGUUUGUGUGGAUAUAUUUGCUGUCACAAAUGAGUACACUGAUCUAGCAUCGCUGAAAUUUCUUAGCAUCGAGAGCGGUGGCUCUUUGUUUCUAUAUUCAAGCACUGAUGACUCAACACUUCCUCAAGACAUGUACCGUAUGCUAAAUCGACCAUAUGCUUUCAAUUGCAUCCUACGGGUGAGGACAUCAUCAGAAUUUAAGCUCAGCCAUUCAUAUGGGCAUUUCUUUCCUGACCCAGAGUAUGAAAAUGUUCAGCAUAUUAUUUGCUGCGAUUCCUUUGCCACAUAUGCCUAUGACUUUGACUUUGUAAAUGGUGUUGGAUUUUCUAGGCACAGCAAAGAACUCCCGACAAUACAGGUUGCAUUUCAAUACACUAUAGUUGUGCCUCCUGAUGAGACCACAAAAUUAGGUUCAAGUCCCUCUAUAAGAGCCAAAUACUCCCUUCAAAGGAGGCUACGAAUCAGAACUGUUCAAUUUGGAACUGCAAGAAAUAUAAACGAGAUUUAUGACGGUGUUGAUCCUGAAGUUGUUCUUUCCAUACUUGUGCAUGAGGUGAUUCUGUCCUCUUUGGAAAAUGGUGUUCGAGAGGGAAGGCUUUUACUUCAUGAGUGGCUUGUAAAUCUUACAGCUCAGUAUAAUGAUGCUUACAAGCUUGCUGAAUAUGUGAGAGGCGCAUUAACCACUUCUCAAGUUGAUGUUGCCUUCACCCAAUGCCCUCAGUUGCAAUCUUUGCCACGACUAGUCUUUGCGCUGCUGCGCAACCCUCUUCUUCGGUUCCAUGAAGAAGGUGUUCAUCCUGACUACCGAAUAUAUCUUCAAUGUCUGUUCAGUGCUCUGGAACCUUCAUCACUCAGCCGGGCGGUAUACCCAUUAUUGUCAUCAUAUGAAACUCCGGAUAAACAAGCAUUCCCUCGCCAUUCCUUGAGCCGUGCUGCAUUGAUAACAAGUGGCAGCCCGAUAUUUUUCCUUGAUGCUUUUACAACUCUCAUCGUAUUUUAUUCAUCUACAGCCAACACCUCACUCCCCUUUCCUCCACCCCAAGACUGCCUUCUGAGGACUACCAUUAACAAGGUGAAGCAGGAGCGGAUAAUCACACCGAAGCUCAUAUUUAUCAGGGGUGGGCAAGAUGAUGCGACGGCGUUUGAGAACUACCUGAUCGAGGAGCAGGAUGUUGAGGGAAGUGGCUUCACCAGCAUCAUGGGGUUUGUCUCGUUCCUCGAGGAGAUCAAUCGUGAUGUAGUUGAGUAUAUGACCAAAGCCAGUGGCAAUCUGCGGAAUUAAAAUCAUUCACAGAAAGAAAUUACAGUCAGACAAUUUCCAGGUGAUGUAUUCCUUUAAAAAUUUCACCACUAUAAUUUCUGGUAAUCGUGUUUGAUGAUUUAUAUUGAUCUGGGAAAUGUUGAAUGUAGACAAAAUGGUUUAGAACAUGCCUCGAAAUCCUGAUUAGGAUGGAAGUGAUAGUUUGGUGCAAGGGAUUUCUAAUGUUUCAUUUGUCUGGAAUAUCAUUUUGAUAGAGUUUGAGAGAGAGAGAGAGGAGGCUCCUAAUAAGUGCAAACCUUUCAUGGCUUUCCUUCAUCGGUACUAUUCAGAAGCAUUUGGUAUUGAGCAGCAUCAUGUCCAAGAAAAUUGUUGGAACGUAUAGAAAUUUGUAAGGUGUCUUUAAUUGGACAUGGUAAGAAAUUGUUACAUGACCAAGAUCUUCAUCCAUGUUUGUUUGUUUGUUUUUAGUAAGAGAGAGACACUUUUUGUCC